AUGGUGAAAGCCAAUACGACGGAGAGGCUUGCUCAGCUUCGAGCUCUGAUGAAAGAGCACAAUGUUCAAGUAUAUGUCGUGCCCUCAGAAGAUAGCCACAGCUCCGAAUACAUUGCCUCCUGCGACGCCCGGCGAGAGUUCAUCAGCGGCUUUACUGGUUCUGCCGGCUGCGCGGUCAUCACGGAAACAGCUGCGGCCCUUGCGACGGAUGGCCGUUACUUCAACCAGGCUGCUCAGCAAUUAGAUGACAACUGGACGCUGUUGAAGCAGGGCCUCCAGGAUGUCCCUACAUGGCAAGAGUGGGCUGCUGAGCAAUCCGCCGGAGGCAAGAAGGUUGCCGUGGACUCGACCUUGAUCACGGGCUCUGCAGCAAAGAAGCUCGCAGAGAAAAUCCGCAAGAGCGGCGGGUCUGACUUGGUCCCCCUUGACGUCAACUUGGUGGAUGCGGUCUGGGGCGGAGAGAGGCCUGCGCGACCUCAGCAGCGCAUCACCGUGCUAUCUGAGAAAUUCGCUGGCAAGUCAGUACAGGCCAAGCUAUCCGACCUCAUUUCCGAGCUUGAGAAGAAGAAAUCUCCCGGAGUGUUCAUUUCGAUGCUCGAUGAGGUAGCUUGGCUUUUCAACUUGCGCGGCAACGAUAUCCCUUACAACCCCGUCUUCUUCUCGUACGCCGUUAUCACGCCAAAAGGGGCAGCAUUGUACGUGGACGAGUCCAAGCUGGAUGGAGAGUGCCGUGAGCACUUGGCUAAAUUCGACGUUGCCAUCAAGCCAUACGACGCCUUCUUCCGCGAUGCGGAGCAGCUUCACCAGCAGUUUGUGGCCUCUACUCAGGGCGCGGAGAGCGGUAACGCAGGCAGCUUCCUCAUGUCUAAUAAGGGUUCUUGGGCCUUGAAGAGAGCACUGGGUGGUGACUCAGGAGUUGAAGAGAUCCGCAGUCCAGUUGGUGAUUCCAAAGCAGUCAAGAACGAGACCGAAAUGGAGGGAAUGCGAGCGUGCCACAUCCGAGACGGUGCUGCUCUGAUUGAGUAUUUCGCAUGGCUCGAGGACCAGCUCAUAAACAAAAAGGCUGUGCUCGACGAAGUAGAGGCUGCUGACAAGUUGGAAGCACUGCGAUCUAAGCAUGAGCACUUUGUCGGACUAUCAUUCCCGACCAUCUCAUCAACUGGUGCAAACGCGGCUGUUAUUCAUUACGGCCCCGAACGUGGAAAUUGCGCUACCAUUGACCCAAAGGCCAUAUACCUGUGUGAUUCAGGAGCGCAGUUUUUGGACGGCACAACUGAUACGACACGGACGCUGCAUUUCGGAGAGCCUACAGAUGCCGAGAGAGAGGCCUACACACUGGUUCUAAAGGGUAACAUUGCCUUGGACAUGGCCGUCUUCCCCAAGGGAACGACUGGAUUUGCUCUUGAUUCACUGGCUAGGCAGCAUCUCUGGAGUACUGGAUUAGACUAUCGACAUGGUACCGGCCACGGUGUUGGGUCUUUCUUGAAUGUCCACGAGGGCCCCAUCGGUAUUGGAACCCGAAUUCAGUACACUGAAGUUCCAUUGGCUCCUGGAAAUGUCAUAUCAAACGAACCAGGAUACUAUGAAGAUGGCCGUUUCGGAAUCCGAAUCGAGAACAUCGUCAUGGUCAAGGAGGUCAAGACAAAGUAUUCCUUUGGUGACAAGCCGUUCCUAGGGUUUGAGCAUGUGACCAUGGUCCCCUACUGCAGGAACCUGAUAGAUGAGAGCCUGCUCACGGCAGCUGAGAAGGCGUGGUUAAAUGCGUCUAACGCAGAAAUUUUGGAGAAGACCAAGGGGUUCUUCGAGGAUGAUGCUCUUACGACAGCGUGGUUGACAAGGGAGACCCGGCACAUUGAUUAG